CAGCCCGGGGUCGCGCGUGGACCAUCCCUCCUCAGGAAGCCGCAGAAUGCGGGAGAUCCAGAUGUGAGCGUGGACUGACAGCGCCCACGCGCAAGCAAGGACGUGGGCACGCAGCGCAGAGGGAAAGCGGAGCAGAAAAGCGAAACAUGGCGACAUCGAAUAAUCCACGGAAAUUCAGCGAGAAAAUCGCUUUACAUACCCAGAAGCAAGCAGAGGAGACGGCGGCGUUUGACGAAGUGAUGAAAGACCUGGGCAUUACCCGAGCGGCGAGGUUGCAGAGGCAGAAUAUGCAGUACCUGCAGCUGGGGUCCAGUAGGGGGCAGUGUUACGGCGGCUCUCUGCCCAACGUCAACCAGAUCAGCAGCGGCGCCAUCGACCUUCCCUUCCAGACAGCAUUUCUCCCUGCGGGGCAGGACAGCAGCCGCAGCACCCGGCGCCACGGCCUGGUGGAGCGGGUGUACCGGGACCGCGGCCGCAUCACCUCUCCUCACCGCCGGCCCCUGGCGCUGGACAAGAACGGCCGGCAGAUAGACAGCUGUCCCUAUGGUUCAGUCUACCUGUCACCUCCACCAGACACAAGCUGGAGAAGGACCAACUCUGACUCUGCGCUGCACCAGAGCACGCUAAGCCCCGCCCUGCAGGCUGCCGCCUCACAGGAGCUGCCGCCCAAACGAGUACUUCUGCUCACGGUACCUAACGAGCAGGACAAGGCACCUAACCCUAACCCUAACCACAUCGAGGGACUGAAUCACCACUGGGAUGGCAAGAAGAGCAUCGCCCGCUCCAAGCCCUGCAAAGUUCCAGGGAUCAACAUUUUCCUCUCCCCGGACCAGGAGAUGUUAGGGUUAGGGUUAACCUCUCUGGUGUCGGCGGGCCCGGGUACCGGGGGCUCCCUCCCCGACCUCACCACCAUGCAGUUCCCCCCGCCGCUGCACCCACCACUGGACCCAGAGGAGCAGGGCAGCUCCUCCAACAGCACCGGGGACCUUGCUGCCCUGCACACAGAUGGCCCCCAGCCCUCCCCUGCCCUGCCUCCCCCCCUCACCCUCUCCCAGGCUAUCGACACCAUGACUCUGGAGCAGCAUCUGUCCCAGUAUGCCUUCUACCUCCCAGUCACUGCCCAGGACCAGGACCAGGACAUGACCGAGAGCCAGACCCCCCCUGGCCUGGCCCAGCUCCUGCAGCAGCUGCCCUCCUUCAGCACUAGCUCCCAGAAUCCAGCCUCCGGCAGCAUGGACAACAGCUCGUACCGCUCCAGGCUAGGGUCCUCAGCGCUCCCGUCUCCAACAUCUCCCGUCUCCAAUCAAGCCUUCUCCCCUGGCAGCUCCCCUCAACAUAGCUCAUCUCUGGCCAGUGUGUUCUCUGACCUGUACGACCAGCAGAUGAGUUCCAGGCACACCAGCGCCCUCUCCCUGCAGCUUGAGCAGUUCAACAUGAUUGACAGCUCAUUAGGCUCUGCCUCCCUCUACGGACCCGCCUCCACCCUCAACUACACCCAGGCUGCCAUGAUGGGCCUGACCGGUAGUCAUGGCAACCUGCUGGAAUCCCCGCAACUGGGCUACAGUAGCCAUAGCAACAUCCCCAACAUCAUCCUGACAGUGACCGAGGAGUCGGCCAGCCACCUGUCUAAAGAGUUCGCCAACUCCUUGUCCUCUGACAGCUUCGAUGUGGAUGCUGCAUUCCCAUUGGAUGAGCUGAAGAUUGACCCUCUGACUCUGGACGGUCUACACAUGCUCCAUGAUCCAGACAUGGUGCUGGCUGACCCUGCCACUGAGGACACCUUCCGGCUGGACCGCCUGUAGUGCAGCGCAGGCCUGGGGAGAGAGGCUGGGGCGCCUAUCCUAAGAGAAAAGCUUUUUUCUGGGGUGUAGGAGUCAGUCGAGACCGAGGAUGAGACAGGAUCCAGGCCGCACUCCCACCAGCUACCCACUCCAAGAGCUGAGGAUGGAUAGGCUAGUGAAAGGAAGAAUGAAUAUGGAGGAUGGUUACCUUAGUAACCUUUCUUUUUCUCUGGUCACAUGGUGGUGUUUGUAAAGCAGGCAGUCUGUUGUGACCAGUUGGGUUAACCCUAACCCUAAACAGACAUCCGAGCCCUUCUUUGUUCUUGUUUUUAAACAUGCAGGAUCCCUUCUAGCCUGGCGUUUGUAAAGAUGGAAAAGCUUUAUGACCCUAACCCUUGAACCCUCAUCUUAGCCCCUGGUCCUAAACCUGACUGGCCUCACCGUAACCCUGGCCUGACCGCAAUCCUAACCCUGGACCCUAGCAUAGGAUACUGUCCCCUUUCCUGGCUGUGGUUGCCCUCAAGCUUGACCAGUCAUCUUGCUACUUCACCAACAUCAUCAUCUGAGCUAAUAAGAAACUGGUUGUGUGAAGAAGAUAAUUUUGAUAUUAUAUAUGACGUUGGCAUUUCGGAAAUGUUUGGUCCAUACUUUAUUGGAUGAAUAUUGGAAUUACUUGAGGAAGAUGGCAUCCUAAAUGUUUCAGGACAGGAAGUAGAAUCACUAUAUUUACAGGACAGGAAGCAGCAUGUAGAAUAGGUGUAUAUACGGGAUCUGAGUGGUAGCUCUCUUUGUCAGGACACCCCACCUUCAAUCACAGGACCCUCAAUCACAGGACACUGGUGACUGUUAUGCCAUAUAUCUGGUCAAACUUGCCUUCUUGUUUGAGGAAGAAAAGAGUGUAUUUUUUGAAAACGUGUAUAUCCUAUUGAAGAAGAUUUGACUAUUUUUUUUAGGUGUCUAAUAUUGUUGACUUGACGAUGUUCCAGUUUGGGAUUGCUGGUAUGAAGGUGUUGGAGCAGGUUCUGUUAGUUCUAGCAGGUUCUGUUAGUUCUAGCAGGUUCUGGUGGUCCCUCCUCUGCCUGUAAGCCCCCCUCCCUCCUUUAUUGGACUCACAUCUGGUAACAAUCCAAAUGUUCACUGUUCCCAUACUAGGGUUUCCCGCAGAAAAUGUGUUAGUUAAGGUGAGGUAGGGGUAAGGUAAGGUGGGGUUUGCCGUAGACCGGGUG